AUGAAUGUCGAUGCAUUUGUUUGUUUUCAUCCUGUAUCUAUGUGUGAAUUAUAUAUGCCAUUUAAUCGAAGUGUUAUUAUUAUUUCAUCAACACGUUAUGAACUUUCAAGAUUUGAACCUCAACAAUGGAAUAAAUUAAAUGAGAAUUUGAAAAAAAAUUCUCAAGAUCCAAAAAAUAUUAUAGCUGCAAAUAAUUUAUAUGACGCAGAAUAUAUUCGUUAUUUCACUGGUAUAAAUGUUACACUUUUACCUAGCUUUUGUAAUUAUACAAAUACUGAUUAUAAUCCAACUCGAGAAGAAUUUUUACUUGUUCCUAUUCAUAAAUAUUCUGAUUUGACUAAUCAUCCAGCUAUUAUUCAUAUACCUUAUCGAGUUUCUAUAAUGAGUUUAUUUGAACAAUAUCGAAUGAAUAUUCCACUUCUUGUUCCAUCACUUGAUCUUUUGACUAAAUGGCAUUAUGAAUAUAGUGUAGUCAAUGAAAAAACUUGGGAUCAAAUUUUAAAUGGAAUAAGAUCGAAAAUUUCUCGUAUAAAAGGUAUUUUAACAAAUGUACUUGAUCCAAAUAAUGAUUUGAAUUGUAUAUCAAUUCGAUAUUGGUUGAAUUUUUCAGAUUUCUAUCAGUGGCCACAUAUUAUAUAUUAUGAAUCGAUUGAUGAUCUUAUUGAAAAAUUAAUUUCGACAGAUUUUCGAAUGAUUAGUAAAAAAAAAUGA